AUGGAUGAAAUCAUGGACGGGUUAGCAGAUCAGCUUACUAUGAAACAAAACUUGAAUGGAGGAUUGCUCAUACAGUUGUCUUUCAAAGAGGAAAACUAGAUUGCAGUCAAAGUCAACAACUAAAAUCCUUAAGUGUGAAAAAGUCAACAAAAUAAAAUUCUUAACUGUGAAAAAGUCAACAAAAUAAAAUUCUUAAGUGUGAAAAAGUCUGCAACUAAAAAAUCAUAUGUGUGAAAAAGUCUGCAACUUAAAUUGUCAUGUGCAGUUUCAUUGCCCUAUACCAGCCCACAUCGUCCUACAUUGUCCUAUACCGGCCUACAUCGGCCUAUACCGGCCUAAAUACUAUAAAUAGAAAUCAAACACUUAUGUAACAUUUUCAUUUGUGUUAAGACUUCAUUGCGUAAACAUGCCCUACAAGUUUAGACGAGUGUGCCCGCUAUGUUAUAGACAGGAUUUGCUAUACUUAGCUGAUUAUUUACGUCAAGUGCACAAGUUAUCGUGUGAGGAACGACAACCACUAUUAAAGGCAGCGAUAUUUUCUCAUCAAGUGACUUCAACAGUAUUCCUAGGAGUUCAACCUCAAGGAUUGUAUUCCCCUCACAUUUUUCAACAUGGAAUGCCACAAUAUACAAUGAACGCACCGUUCCCUCCACCAAGUAUAGAGAAUUUAACCACCAUUCCAGCGUCUAAUCUGUCUCAAAGUAUGAAACCGAAACAAUGCAAAGUCACCAAGUUACCAAUACGUCAGUGUUUAGAGACACAAACUUACCCCGAGUUUAAGUUUCAUCACAUGUUUUCCAUGCUUGUAGUAGGACCAACGCAAUGUGGGAAAACCUAUUUGUGCAACAAGUAUUAA